AUGACGGAAACCUACCUCUUUCAUGUCAGCCGCUCUGAGGAUGCAGCGAAUGGAUCGUACAUGUCCUCUCGAGGAGCUCAAGCGCUGUCUGUCAGUGUUGUUUUCACCACGCUGGCAACCAUCUUCGUCAGCGCUCGCAUUUAUACUCGAAAAACCUUGAUGAACCGCAUGGAACCCAACGAUUGGAUGAUCUUGAUCGCCUUGGUACUGACCCUGCUGGAGUCCUUGCCCGAGUCCCAAUAUACCCAAACUCAACUGACAGUGUUUCAGGUCCUAUCAUUUGUCUUCAUGGGCUUGUUCAUUGUGGAGGCUCUGAAUGGGAUGGGAAUGCGUCAAGUAGACAUCCCGCCUCUCAUUCUCGAGAAGCAAAUGAAGGCCUUCUGGCUUACCAUCCCCUUCUAUAACGCCGCCUUACUCUGCGCCAAGGCCUCGAUUCUGAUGCAGUACUUCCGUGUCUUUCCAACAAGACGGAUGCGACGCAUCUGCUGGCUCAUGAUUGCCGUGUUGGCUACUUACGGGACCUGGGCUGUGUUGAGUGCUUUCCUUAACUGCGUCCCCGUGGCCAAGUUCUGGGAUUCAUCGAUCCCGGGGUUCUGUUUGAGCUCGGAGGGCCUGUGGUUCUCCAAUGCCUCGAUGCAUAUCACCACCGACCUGGUCAUCCUCAUCAUCCCGAUCCCAGCGUUGGUGGCACUCGAGCUGCCGAAGAAACAGAAGAUCGCGCUGAUCUCAAUCUUCGCAAUCGGUGGAUUUGUCUGUGUCACCAGCAUAUGCCGCCUCGUCGCGCUCAAGAAGAUCGCCGACUCAUCUGAUCCCACCUACGACAACGUCGGCGCAGCCUCCUGGUCCGCCAUCGAAUGCAACACCGGGAUCAUCUGCGCCUGCCUCCCGACGCUCCGCCCGCUGGUCUCGCGGAUCCUGCCGCAUCUCCUGUCGACCCUCAGCGGCGGCCGGCAAGCCUACGGCACGUCGCCCCUGUCCGGCGCCCAGGCCCCGACCUACUGGAACGGCACCGGCGCCACCGUCACCACCACCAUCACCACCCACCUCGACGACCUCGAGUACGCCCACUGCGCCGGCGACGCCGACCGCUACCUCACGCUGGUGCCCGGCAACGACGUCAACGGCCAGGGCAAGCUCAUGGUCCGCGAAACUCAUCCCGCCGGAGGAGCAGGAGACCUGAAGGAAGCGUUCACCCGCGAGGAGCAGCGAGGAGACAGCUCGUCCUCCUCGUCGCCGCCCCGAGCCGGGAAUCUGCUAGGAUAG